CUCAGUUUAUCUACAGGAGGGCAGAGAAACAGCAGCUGGAGUUGACUUCCCAUAUGGUGUUUCGACUGAUUGUGGUUGCUUGGCUGUUUCUUGUGCUAAUGAUUUCUCUCAUGAAAUUCUCAACUGUAAUCACUGUAAAGAAUGACAGCACAGUUCUUCAUAACCUGCAGGAUUUAUGCAAUUUUCAGCUGGUGGAAAGCCUCCCACAGGAUAUGCCAUAUGGACCAAACAGUAGUGCUGCAAAGCCUUUAUACCAAGCCUGGAUGGAGCUCUUAAAUAUGACCCACGAAAGCAUACAUGUGGUUUCUUAUUAUUGGACGCUGACUGGAAAGGAUCUUGAUGUCAAUGACACAUCAUCUCAACAGGGUGAAGAAAUUCUCAAGAAACUUGAAAGUCUACUUUCAGAAAAUAUCUCCAUGUUUAUUGCAACAAGUGUGCCAUCCAAGGUUUAUCAUUCAACUGACCUCAAGGUCUUAGAGGGAAAAGGAGCUCAUGUAAAAUGGGUAAAUUUUGGACAUCUGACUCACGGUGUCCUACACACCAAAUUCUGGAUCGUAGACAGGAAGCACAUCUUUCUUGGUAGCCCCAAUGUGGACUGGAGGGCUUUGACUCAGGUGAAAGAGGUUGGGGUUUUGAUCAGCAACUGCGGCAGCCUAGCUAAUGACCUCUGGAAAACCUUCCAAACAUAUUGGGACCUUGGAGUGCCAAAUGCCACCAUCCCAUUUCCAUGGCCAAGCAAUUAUUCUACCAAUAUUAACAGGCGCAAGCCUCUGGAAGUACAGUUCAAUGGAACCACCACCAAAGCAUAUUUUUCUGCUUCUCCUUUUUCAUUUUGCCCAGAGGGUCGCACCUUUGACCUUGCAGCAGUUCUUGAUGUUAUCAAUGAUGCGGAAGAAUUUGUCUAUGUCUCCAUGAUGGAAUAUUUCCCUACAAGCCACUUCAGACACCCACCAAGAUAUUGGCCACCUAUUGACAACGCUCUGAGACGUGUGGCAGUCAGCUAUAAUGUACAUGUGAGGCUUUUGAUCAGCUGCUGGAUCCAUACUGUUCCCUCCAUGUUUCAUUACUUGAAGUCAUUGAGUGUCCUCACUAAUCCACAUACCAAUGUCACAAUAGAUGUGAAAAUCUUCAUUUUGGAAAGAGAUAUUUUUGGCAUGCUAAAUUGAGGCAUUCUAAUCCUACUCUUUUCACUGUCUUUUUCCUCAGAAAUAGAA